AUGGAUGAGGGAAAGUCUCAGUAUGCGGCGACAUCCUCGCCGGAUGUCGAGGAGCAUAUGAGUAUUGGACGUUACAUUUCCACUCGUAUUUCCUCACUGGUUCCUCCUAUGAACCCCGCGCCCAACCCGUUCAAGGCUUUGACACUGCUCAACAAGACUCAGUGGCUUAAUUUCACGGUCGCGUUUGUCGGCUGGUCUUGGGAUGCGUUUGACUUUUUCACUGUCUCACUCACUACCUCCGAGCUUGCCAAAUCAUUCGAUAAAUCCGUGACCGACAUCACAUGGGGAAUCACCCUGGUGCUGAUGCUGCGAUCCGUCGGCGCGAUCACCUUCGGAAUUGCCUCGGAUCGAUGGGGCCGCAAAUGGCCGUUCAUUGUUAACCAGCUUCUCUUCGUGGUCCUCGAGCUCGGUGCUGGUUUCUGUCAAACUUAUAAACAGUUCUUGGCUUGUCGUGCCUUGUUUGGAAUUGCCAUGGGUGGCUUAUAUGGUAAUGCGGCUGCCACCGCGCUGGAGGAUUGCCCUCCUGAAGCCCGGGGUAUUAUUUCAGGACUCUUGCAGCAAGGUUACGCCUUUGGAUAUCUGCUAGCCACGGCUUUCGCUAGAGCUCUCGUUGAUACUACCCCUCAUGGCUGGCGGCCACUGUUCUGGUUUGCGGCUUGCCCACCAGUCUUGAUUAUUAUCUUCCGUUUGUUCCUAGGUGAGACGGAGACUUUCCGUCGGCGUCAGGAAGCGCGGCAGGAGAUGCGGGGAGGUGUUGCAGCUUCGUUCAUGUCAGAAGGGAAGGUCGCACUGAAGAGACAUUGGCUACUACUUGUAUACCUGGUUCUGCUUAUGUCUGGGUUUAAUUUCAUGUCGCACGGAUCUCAGGAUCUUUACCCGACAAUGCUGCAGAACCAGUUCAAGUUUUCGAAGAACGCCGUCACCGUCACACAAGUCGUCGCCAACCUGGGCGCUUUGUCAGGUGGUGUAUUAUGCGGUUGGGCUAGUCAGAUCUUCGGCCGUCGGUUCUCUAUCAUCGUCAUCUCCAUCGUCGGUGGCGCCCUUCUUUACCCCUACACAUUUGUCCAGAACAAGAAUGUUAUCGCCGCAGCCUACUUCGAGCAGUUCAUGGUCCAGGGUGCAUGGGGUGUGAUCCCUAUCCACCUGAUGGAGCUGUCGCCAGGAGCUAUCCGUACCUUCGCCGUCGGCACCGCCUACCAGCUUGGAAACUUGGUCUCCUCUGCUAGCUCGACUAUUGAAUCAACCAUCGGCGAACGCUUCCCACUGCCUCCGACUAAAGCAGCACCCCAUCGCUACGAGUACGGCAAGGUCAUCUGCAUCUUCAUGGGCUGUGUCUAUGCCUAUGUUAUUUUGAUUACACUUGCUGGGCCAGAGCGUUUGGGUCGUAACUUCGAUGCUGAGCAUGAUGCGGACCUCCAGGAGGUUGCUGCUCACCGUGGAAUCAGUGCCAAGGAGGUGGACUUGGGGGAUGAUCCAGAGAAGGCUAGGACUUCGAUUGUGCCGUAG